AUGGUCCCAUUUUGCCAUUCUCUCUUCGAUUCCUCGUCUAUCCAAGCAAGAAGAACAAGUCUUGGAUUAAAAAAGGCUUUCGCUGAAGAACGGAACCUGAAAUGGAAACAAGACUCCGUCGGAAACUUGGUCGUCUUUCAUCCAGGUUGCGGUGUUGGCAAGUCUGCUCCUGCUGUCAUUUUGCAAGGGCACGUGGACAUGGUCACAGAGAAGAAUAGCAACACAGCGCAUGAUUUUGAAAAGGAUCCCAUCCUUCGUCAUCAGUUGGCACCCAUUCACAAUGAGCAGACAAAUCAGAAAGAGCAAUGGCUUGGGGUCAAAGGCACAACACUGGGAGCUGAUAAUGGUAUUGGAGUCGCCGCCACUUUGGCCUUGUUGGAAACAUCUGUCGACGAUGAGACAGCUGCGCUCCCUCCCUUGGAAGCCCUCUUUACAAUUGACGAAGAAACAGGACUGACUGGAGCAACGGAACUGAAUGCGCAAGAACUGGGUUUGACCGGAAAAUCAAUGUUGAACCUUGAUACGGAAGAAUGGGGCGAGCUGUAUGUUGGAUGUAGCGGUGGUGGAGAAUCGACAAUCACUGUUCCCCUCACCCGUGGCUCAACUUUGGUCGGUGAUGUGGAAUAUAUGGAACUUCGUGUCGACGGUUUGUUGGGCGGGCAUUCCGGCAACAAUAUUCACGAGGGUCGAGGGAAUGCUAUUUUGGUUUGCGCUUCUGCGGCACAAAAGGCAUUGCAAGCUGCUCCAGAAGGUCUUUUGCCGGUUUUCAUCACUGGCGGAGACAAACAUAAUGCCAUUCCACGAGAAGCCUGUGCACUGUUUGCUGUGUCGACUCCAGAAGCAAAGAACGCAAUUGAAACAGCAGCCCAACUGGGAGACCUUGUUUCCAAGGCCGAAUACGGAAUUCUCGAAACAAAACUUAGCGUGGUAGCCGAAUUGCAACGAUCGAUGAUACUUCUGAAAUAUCACCAUUGGAUGCCAAAUUUGGUUGAAACUUCCAACAAUAUUGCGUCCAUUGUUAUGGCUUCCGACGAUUCACAGGCUAAUAUUCUCUGCUCAACGAGAUCCUCUAUCGGAGACGCGUUGGAAAUGGCUCGCGAUAAGCUUGAAGCCAUUGCCUUCUUGGGAGGGGCCACGAUCGAACGGGAGGAGUCUUACCCGGGUUGGAACCCCGACAUGAAAUCUAAUCUCCUCUCGCUAGAAAGAAAGCUGGUCAAUCGUGGGACUGGCAGGAGCCCGGAGUCAAGGCAAUUCAUGCCGGGUUGGAAUGUGGACUACUGA